AUGGAGAUGGAGAUGGAAAUGAGAGCUGAGGAAGACAUAGAGAUAGGAGAAGACAUAACCCCACCACUCACUCCCCUCGCCUUCGCUCUCCACGACUCCCUUCUCUCCUCUCACUGCUCUUCCUGCUUCUCUCUCCUCCCUCCCCACCCUUUCCCUCCUCUCCACUUUAACCCUACCUUUCCUCAUAAUCCCCACCAUGUCCUCUCCUCCUCCUCCUCCUUCUACUGCUCCCCUCUGUGCUCCACUUCUGAUUCUCCCCUCCACGUGUCCAGCGCCGAGCCCCACCUCCUCCACCUCCUCCAAUCCCACCCCUCCACGUACCCCCAUGGCGACUCCUCCGACCUCCGCGCCGCCCUCCGCCUCCUCCACUCCCUUCCCGCCACGCGUCCUUCCGCGCGCAUCGCCGGCCUCUUAACCAAUCACCACAAGCUCCUCCACCACCACGACCACCACAGAAUUCGCGACGGCGCCAGGGCUAUGUUCCUUGCCAGCAAGAUGCGCGAUGAAGCUCCAAACGUCUGUUCCGAUAAUUCUUCUUCAGUUUCUCCAGACGACGCCGUCUUGGAGGAGGCUGCACUGUGCCUGGUGCUAACCAACGCUGUGGAGGUGCAGGAUAAGACCGGGCGCACCCUUGGAAUUUCCGUCUACGGUCCCAGCUUCUGCUGGAUCAACCACAGCUGCUCUCCCAAUGCUUGCUACCGGUUUUUGGUGUCGCCCCCGCCACCAACUUGCUCAGCUGAAAAGACGCCUCUCCGCAUUGCCCCCUUCGGCCAAGGAACACAAAUUGAGAGUGGUGUUUGUAGCAAUAAUGUAUUUAUAAAAGAAUGCGGUAGUUAUGGUCCAAGAGUGAUAGUUAGGAGCAUCAAGAGAAUCAAGAAAGGAGAGGAAGUUACAGUUACCUACGCUGACUUGUUGCAGCCAAAGGCAAUGAGGCAGUCAGAGUUAUGGUCAAGGUAUCGGUUUAUCUGCUCUUGUACGAGAUGUAGUGCGUCACCCCUAACUUAUGUGGAUCAGGUUUUGGAGGAAAUAUCUGCAGCCAAUUUCAACUCUUCCAGUUUGAGUUCAGAUAUAAACUUCGAUAGAGAUAAGGCAACACAAAGGUUGACCGAUUACAUUGAUGAUGCUAUAGAUGACUACCUGUCAAUUGGUGAUCCUGAAUCUUCUUCUGUGAGGCUUGAGCAUGUGCUUACCCAAGGUCUUUCAGAUAAGCAGUCAGAGUGCAAGGAAGAAACAUCUCAGCUGACUUACUGGUUGCACCCCUUGCACCACCUCUCUCUAAAUGCCUACACAACAUUGGCUUCAGCGUAUAAAAUCCGUGCUACUGACUUAUCUGCUUUAUAUUCCAAAAUGGAUGAUCAUCUACUGAAUGCUUUAGACUUAAGCAGGACCAGCACAGCAUACUCCUUGUUACUUGCAGGUGCAACUCACCAUCUGUUUCGCUCUGAAUCUUCUCUAAUCGUAUCUGUUGCGAAUUUCUGGUCGAGUGCAGGAGAGUCCUUGCUAACUCUUGCUAGAAACUCAGUCUGGAGUCAGUUUGUCCAACGGGAUCUACCUGUGUCAAACCCAAGUUCUACUGGAAAGUAUAGAUGUCCAAACUGCUCAUUGGCAGAUAAAUUUGAAACCGACUCAUUUCAUGGUCAAGUUCGAUAUGCAGAUUUUGACUAUGUAUCAAAUGAGUUCGUCGAUUGCGUCACUAAUUUUACACAGAAUGUUUGGAACUUUUUGGGUCUCGGUUGCCAGUAUCUGAGAGUGGUUAAGAAUCCUAUAGAUUUCAGCUGGCUUGGUACGAUAAGAUAUUCCAGUGUAGGGGAAGAUAUUGUUCGAUCUAGUGGCACUGAAGUGGCUUCUAAGUGUGGGGCUGGCAGAAGAAUAUCUGGAAGUGAAGCAGAGGGAUACAACAACCAGGUAAGGAUGUGUCUUUUUAAGCUUGGUGUCCAUUGCUUACUUUAUGGAGGAUAUCUAGCGAGCAUAUGUUAUGGUAAUUCCCAUUUGACUCGUAAUGUUGAUAAAAUUUUAGAUUUGGAAGAAAGCAUUGAAUCCUUGUCAUGAACCAGAUUGAGUUUUAGAACUUGCAAGUUAAAUUUAUACUUGAUUUAUUGUUAAUUGUUGUAUUUAGUUGAAAGUUAUAUGCCCAUUGAAGUUUUCUGUAUCAA